GGAGAGUAGUCUCCGCGUUUACAAAGAUAAAACCGCUUCAUGAAGAUGUGGGUUUGUCAGGGUUUUCUUCCGCUCCUGUUUUUGCCAUUGGCCCGGGAACAGAGUGUUACUGCCGGUGCCAGCCCAGAAGGAGCUGCGGGUCGCUCUCAGAGUGUCGCUUCCUCUCCGGGUCGGAGCGACUCUUUGGCCUGGAAGCUGGAAGAAGAGACGCGUGAGGACCCGACUCGGCUGAAGGUGCUGAAGUAUCUCAGUGAACAUCCAGAGCUCUUCCAGGACGGAAGGGUGGAGGUGCAGAGGCUUUUCCAGCAGGAGGCACUGAAUGUGAAACUGGAGCCUGAGCUGCAGAGGUGCUGCAUGACUGACCUGGAGAAGUGGUGCAGCGAGGAAGUGGCGUCCGGGUGGGACCUGGAGUGCCUGCAGGACCGUCUGGUGGACUUGAGCCCCGACUGCAGGGACGUGGUGGGAAACCUGACCGAGCUGCAGUCGCAGGAUAUUAGGAGAAACGCACUGCUGAUGAGAGCUUGUGAUGCCGUCAUUCAGGCCCAAUGCCAUGAGGUGGCUGAAAACCCGAUCGACGCCGGUGACCUGAUGGCGUGUUUGGUUCAGAACAAACACCACAGGGUGACGAGUGAGAAGUGUGCCGUGGGCGUGACUCGCUUCCAGCUGAUUCAAAUGGGAGAUUUCAGCUUCUCCUACAAGUUCAAGACGGCCUGCGAGGAGGACGUCCUCAGACUGUGUCCCAACAUGAGGAAGAAGGUGGAUGUCAUGAUCUGCCUCGGCACUGCUGUAAGGAACGCCACGAUGUGGUACGCAGUGGAGCGGCAAGUGUCCCCCAGAUGUCGGCAACAGCUGAGGGUGGAGGAGGUGGCGAUGUCAGAGGACAUCCGUCUGCAGCCCGAGCUGCACGACUUCUGUAGGCAGGACAUCUACAGGCUGUGUCAGAACGUGGCCUUCGGAAACGCACAGGUCAUCGAGUGUCUAAAGGAGAACAAGCGUCUCCUGGCUUGGCGAUGUCACCAGAAGGUGUUCAGGCUGCAAGAGGCUGAGAUGAUCGUACCUGAGCUGGACUAUCUGAUGAGAGUCUGCAAGAACAUGAUCUGGCGUUUCUGUCAAGAGACGGACGGCAGCAACAUUCUUCAGUGUCUGAAGCAGAACAAGAACAGUGAGUGGAUGGAUCCCAAAUGCAAACGGAUGAUCAUCAACAGACAGCUCACCCAGAACACAGACUACAGGUUGAACCCGGUGCUGAGGAGAGCCUGCAGAGCUGACAUCCCAAAGUUCUGCCAGUCCAUCCUGAACCAGGCAGCCGUUGAUGUUGAGCUGGAGGGUCAGGUCAUCUCAUGCCUCAAACUUAAAUACGCCGACCAGCAUUUGUCUCCUGACUGUGAGGAUCAGAUUCGAGUCAUUCUGCAGGAAUCGGCGCUGGACUACAGACUGGACCCACAACUGCAGAUCCACUGCUCAGAAGAGAUCAGCAGGCUGUGUCCAGAAGAGGCAGCAGCUCAGGAGCAGUCGGGACAGGUAACAGAGUGUCUGAAGAUCAAUAUCCUGAAGAUCAAACUGGAAGGCUGUAAGAUGGAGGUGUUCAACAUGCUGAAGGUGAGUAAGGCGGACGUCUUUGUCGACCCCGUCCUUCACACGGCCUGCGCUCUGGACAUCAAACACCACUGUGCUGCCAUGCCACCCGGCCUAGGACGGCAGAUGUCGUGCCUGAUGGAGGCGCUACAGGACAGACGUAUUCAUCUGCAGCCUGAAUGCAAGAAGAAACUUCAGGAUCACAUCGAUAUGUGGAGCUACGCUGCCAAGAUGUCACCGCAGUUUCAGGAGUUUCCAAUAAUGGAGGAGAGAGGAGGACCACAAGUCUCACGUAUGCUCGUAAUUGCAUCCGUGAGCCUCCUCUUAUUUACCGUCUGUUGCACACUGAUGUAUGUUAAACAAAAACAAACAAAACCAUCUAAAUAUGACAUUUUAUAUUAAAUAUUUUCUAUCAAAACUUUACAUUAGUGCUUUCUGUGAAACAUCAGAUCUGCAUUUGGGUUAGUUGUAACAGUUUCACACCAUGUUUCAGCACACCUGCUUCUCAUAUGCAGCUUGUUUAAAAACAAGCAUCACAAUUUUUUUGAAUAUCAAGAUAUUAUAAUUUCACCUGAUCCUAUAAAAUCUUCUGUAUUAAUGUCAUGAUGAAUAUUUUGGAAUGAAAGAGAAUGUGGAUAGAAUUGAUGGAAAUGAGGUUUCUGCAGAGGGUGGCUGGAUAGAGUGAGGAGUUCAUCCAUCGGAGAGCGGCUCAGAGGAGAGCUGCUGCUCCUCCAGACUGAAAGGAGCCGGUUGUCGGUAUAAGGUCACACGGGUUUCAUUUCCCCAUUCAUUGCUCCUUUGUCUUUUGUGAGUGCGGUAUCAGGUGCCAAUGCUCUUAUUUGUUGGGAGGUAACCAGGUGGUUUUGAUCAGGCGCUACAACAGUUACAGGAUAGUCAAGUUUUAUUGUGCUCUGGGCUGCAUUUGCUUGUAUUUUCUGGGGGGGGAGCGGGUUGCCUUUUAACAAAUGUGUUUAAUAAAGGUAUUUUAAUACUGGAA